AUGACUCCUUUCGUGCUCUUUGUCAUUCUUUCAUUGCUCUCCCUUACAAGAGCUGAUGAUCGAGCUCACGGGCUCAAGAAUGAGAGUCCCAUGGCCAUCUCGCCACAAGCAUAUACAUUUUUCCACCCUCAAAACACGCAACAGCCGAGCGUGAACCCUCCUUGUCAUUCAUCAGAUUGCCAAUCGUUGGUUAUAUCUGCCACAGUGAAAUCUACUCCGGCACAUGAAAGCGUAGUAUCGGGUGCGAAUAGAUUAGGAACCAGUUGUAUUGCUGGGAUUCCAUUUAGGUUUUGGUUCACAAGUCUCGUAAUGAUGGGGGUUUUACUAUGUUGCGGUGGUCGACAUGUCAGCUAA